AUGUCCGCCCCGAAACUUGUCCGUGCUGCUCAAUCCGCAGUUUUCAACCAGUUCAUGACUAGAGAAGCGUGAGUUACAGUAUUAAAAUUAGACUAUUUUCAACUGAUUCAUUACAGUAUUAGCCAUGCCACUUUCCGACCAGCCGAGUCGAAAAUUGCGGAGGAAGAGAAGCUGAACAUUCGCCUCCACGACGAGUCCACCCAUCUCAAGUUCGGAUUCCCGAAGAGCGAGAAGAACGUGCCGAUCCCGUAAGUGUAGAAGUAGUUUGUGCAUAUCCCCUGGUUAUUUAGCGUUACAGAAGCAACGACGACUACAUCCAACUAA